AUGUCAGCCGAAUAUCCGUUCGAAAAAUGUCUUCUUACGAUGCCAGACGUCGUUAUGAACAAAACGUUGGGGUUGUUGGAUUUCCAGGCGGUGCAGUGUCUACGGAAAACUUGUUCGACGUUUCGUAACUUCAUUGAUGAAGUCAAGCCAGACUCCGCAUUCACCCAUCUCCAAUUCAGUGUCAAGCCUGAUCACAUAACCUCACUGUACUAUUUCAAUGAGUUCAGUAUUGAAGUCAAGUACACUAGGAACGGAGGAGGAUGUAGUGUUGAAUGGUAUGGGCGAGACCAGAAGCUACACAAUAAACUUCUGGAAUCUGUGGACUUUUUUGACGUUGCUUCGAAGGAUAUCAGUUCAGUAUUGACGAAUCAAAAGUCAGUUAUGAAAUGUUUAGACGUUGAAUGCUCUCUAGAUGAAAUAAGGGAAGGACAACAAGAAGUUUUGUACCAAGUUUCUGAGAAAUUCCUAUCAAAUCUGGAGCCUUGCCUGGCUUCUAAACCAAAAAAACUGCAAGUCAAAACCUUUCAAACAAAAGUUGCUGAUGAGACUCAAAUUCUACAUCUUCUUCCACAUCUUGAAGUAGAAAAUCUGACGAUUCGGAAUGGAAGAGAAAGCUCAAAUAGAGAAGCAGUUUUGAACAUGGAAAAGUUGAUAGUGUUGGAGCAAUGGAAGAAGUUGGACACUUUGAACAUUUUUGGCUUUUGUGUGAAUUUGAAAAUUGAAGAUUUGCUUCAUUUGAAAAGAUGUUUUGUGAAGUAUGAGACAAUGAACACCGUUAUGAUUGAGGAACUGAAAGAGGCCUUCCGUACCUCUUCUCACCUUGAGUUCUUCAGAAUCGAAUAUGGUCUGACGGAUAUUCAAGAUUUGAUGGAUCCAAGUUAUGCUGACCCCUUCACCGGCCUUAAUCCAUUUGGUGACGUUUUUAAAAGAUGGUUUUUCUCUGUUUCUACACCUGAAAGAGUCCUUAAAAUAACAAUCACCCCUUACCAAAUCGUUUUGGAUUUUGAUUUGUUGGUGAAUGUUCCAGAAGGUGUCACUGUUAAUUGA